GUGUUUUUUUUAUUCACUCGUUCUGUGUAGCAUUGUUUGGCGUUGAUUUAUUGCAAACCGGUUAAUUUUUGAACAAUUUUGUCGAUGUGAAAUUAAUUUUUCAACGAGAAAAUUGACGAAAGAUAUGAUCAAACAUAUUCCCAAAUGAGAAUAUGCCUAUGGGUGAGAUGUUACAGGCUGGUUUUUGCAAAUGAUUUUUCUCAUUUGGAUUCCGAAGAACAAAAGGAACAAAAUGCUGGAAACGACAAAAAUACUCUUCUCUUUUGGUCUUUGGAAAAUGAAAUUAUAACGGACCGAUUUUGAAAUCUCUAUCAAAAUACACAAUUGUUGCCCCGGAAACCAUGUGUAUACAAACAGACGCUGUGUUUCAUGCUUUCCAACAUUUUAUCUUCGAGUCAUAAAAUCAACUCACUUUGGCCGCAGGAUGAAAUUCAAAAUAAAUAUCAACAAGGAGGCCAAGCACAAUGGGGUGUUGUGCUGUCUGGAUUGGUCGAAAAAUGAUGAGGUCUAUACGAUUGGCGACGAGCAACAGUUAUUCAAAUGGGACGCAAAAACUCGCAUAGGAACACAAGUAGCGAAAUUACCCGAGGAUUUCUAUCCAACUGACUUGCAGUGGCUAUGUGGCACGCGAACAUCCACCAAGUCUAGUGGACCGGGCAGUAAUAGUGGCAACAAAGCGAGUGACUCGCUAUUGAUUUGUAGCAACGAUGGCCGAUUCAUAAUGCUGAAUCGUAGUGCUCGAGCUGAACGAAUUGUGAAUGCACAUGUUGGAUCAAUUAAUGCAGCGCGAUGGAGUCCCGAUGGAACUGGCUUACUAACUGCCGGCGAGGAUGGAGUGAUUAAAGUAUGGUCAAAACUGGGCAUGUUACGAUCGACAAUAAUUCAAAACGAAACUCCAAUUCGAACUGCAUGCUGGUCGCCAAAUUCGAUGUCUAUCGCAUACUGCACCGGGCCAUUCAUUGCGAUCAAACCAUUAGCAGCCAAUAGCAAAUUGAUCAAGUGGAAGGCUCAUUCUGGGAGUGUUUUGUGCCUGUGCUGGUCUAAUGAGACUCAACAUCUUGCAUCCGGAGGAGAUGAUUGUCAGUACAAAAUUUGGGACAGUCAAGGUUCAUUGAUAUACGCCAGUUUUGUGGAAGAUCAUAGCAUAACUUCGGUUGAAUUCGGGCCCAAGGGAAUUUAUUUGGCUGUUGGAGGAUUCAACAUGUUGAAGCUGUGUCAUUUUACUGGAUGGUCUUACAGCAAUACGAAAUUCAGUUCGCCACCAAUCGGAUCAGUUUACAGUAUUCGUUGGUCAAAAGAUGGAACUCAAUUAGCGGCUGGUGGUGGAACGGGCACGCUUAUUUUUGCACAUAUCAUCGAACAAGAGAAAGUGAGUCGAAAUCUCAAAGCGAAAACAAUAGCUCGCAAGGUUAUUGAGCUACAAGAUAUUGUUACCCGUACGGUAGACACGCUGGACUUUCCGGAUCGGAUUAUCAAAUGGGAGAUUGGCUAUGGGCAUUUGGUCGUGGCAACCACAAAUCAAGUGCAUGUUUACAAUGAAAAGUAUACAAACACGCCAUUGACUAUAAUUGAUGGUCGACCCGAUGUCAAGGUUUUAAUAUUGGCGAAAAAGCAUUUUCUGGUAUUGGACAGUACUGCGGUUUCCAUAUUCACUUAUUCCGGUCGAUUGCAUCUAACACCGAAAUAUUCGGGUUUAACAGCACAAUUGACUUCAUUGAAUGAGAAAACACUGUCAUUAGGCUUACACUACAUGGCUGUUCGUGAUUGUGGCGAUGAAAGUUUGAUUUAUGUGUUUGAUUUGAUGCCAGGUGCAUCACGUCAGAAUGAAGUCACCACAUGUCAUACGAAAACAACCGUACAGCAAAUUGCAGUGAGUCGUGCCGGUACCGUUGAUGACCAAUACAUGGUUUUUAUUGACACUAAUCGCGAUAUAUUCUGUGCAUCAUUGAAAAAUGGUUCAAACUUUGAGAUCUACAAAAUUGGAACUCAGGUGCUUUCAACGAUGUGGGCAAGUGAGUCAAACAUGUUGGUUGGAUUACAUGAUGCUUCGUAUAGCAUUUGGUAUUGCCCGGGAGAGGCUUGCAUGGAUCCUACAGUUGUUGCGCUGACAAGGGUCACAUUCGACAUUACCGAGCUGGGCAAAAAUAUCGUUCUAGACAAUUUUGAAGGCUCAAUUGUGACAUUCAAGAGCUCGGGUGCAUUGUAUCCAAUUCAAGUGAAUUUGCUAUGCGAAACAUUACAUAAACUGCUAAACGACGAGUUAUGGCCUAGAGCUCUGACGUUGUGUCGUCGCGUUCAGGAUUCAAUUCUUUGGGCUGCAUUGGCAGCGAUCUCAUCAAAGAAGAAUCAACUGGAAAUUGCUGAAGAGGCCUAUUCAGCGUCUUUACAAAUCGAUAAAGUGAAAUAUUUGCAGCACAUCAAGAAUCUGGCACCGAACAGUUAUGAGCAAAUGGCAGAGAUAUCGGUGAUGAUGGGACGAAGUAAUGAAGCCGAGACCAUUCUGCUGCACAAUAAUAAGACUAGCGAGGCAAUUCAACUUUGCGUUCGUAUGCAUCGAUGGGAACGGGCACUUGACGUGGCCAAAUCGCAGAAAAACCAGUCGGACCUCGAAUGGGUUCUGCAGCAACGCAAAAAAUACUUGAACGCAAUAAAUCGCGACGAAUAUUUACAACCAUUCAAACAAAUCCAACAAUAAAUGAAUCUGUUUCAAUAAAAUAUCAUGGAAAA